CCCAGGACUCGUUGCGCGGCCCGGGCCGGAAGUCGGCGAGUUCCCGGGUGUGUGUCUGUGUCUGUCUGUGUCUCGAAGCGGCACGCGGCCCGGGACAAACGCUGGGGAAUCCCACCUGAGGCGUCGCCGCUGUCACUACCAUCACCCACGGAGCCACUACUAGAGGGGAGUAGGCCCGGCCCUUCGCCGGGCAGAGAAGAUGUUACCCCUGUCCAUCAAGGACGAUGAAUACAAACCACCCAAGUUCAAUCUGUUCGGCAAGAUUUCGGGCUGGUUUAGGUCUAUCCUGUCGGACAAGACGUCCCGGAACCUGUUUUUCUUCCUGUGCCUGAACCUCUCUUUCGCUUUUGUUGAACUACUCUACGGCAUCUGGAGCAACUGCUUAGGCUUGAUUUCCGACUCUUUUCACAUGUUUUUCGAUAGCACUGCCAUUUUGGCUGGAUUGGCAGCAUCUGUUAUUUCCAAAUGGAGAGAUAAUGAUGCUUUCUCUUAUGGGUAUGUUAGAGCGGAAGUUCUGGCUGGCUUUGUCAAUGGCCUGUUUUUGAUCUUCACUGCUUUUUUUAUUUUCUCAGAAGGAGUUGAGAGAGCAUUAGCCCCUCCAGAUGUACACCAUGAGAGACUGCUUCUUGUUUCAAUUCUUGGGUUUGUGGUAAACCUAAUAGGAAUAUUUGUUUUCAAGCAUGGAGGUCAUGGACAUUCUCAUGGCUCUGGCCAUGGACACAGUCAUUCCCUUUUUAAUGGUGUUCUGGAUCAGGCACAUGGCCAUGGAGAUCAUUGCCAUAGUCAUGAUUUGAAACAUGGUGCUUCACAUAGCCAUGAUCAUGCUCAUGGACAUGGACACUUUCAUUCUCAUGAUGGUCCCUCUUUAAAAGAAACAACAGGACCCAGCAGACAGAUCUUACAAGGUGUAUUUUUACACAUUCUGGCGGAUACACUUGGGAGUAUUGGUGUAAUUGCCUCUGCCAUCAUGAUGCAAAAUUUUGGUCUGAUGAUAGCAGAUCCUAUCUGUUCAAUCCUGAUAGCCAUGCUUAUAGUUGUAAGCGUUAUUCCUCUUUUAAGAGAAUCUGUUGGUAUAUUAAUGCAGAGAACCCCUCCAGUGUUGGAAAAUACUCUGCCUCAGUGCUAUCAGAGGGUGCAGCAGUUACAAGGAGUUUACAGUUUACAAGAACAGCACUUCUGGACCUUAUGUUCUGAUGUUUACGUUGGGACCUUGAAAUUAGUAGUAGCACCUGAUGCUGAUGCCAGGUGGAUUUUAAGCCAAACACAUAACAUUUUUACUCAGGCUGGAGUGAGACAGCUUUAUGUACAGAUUGACUUUGCGGCCAUGUAAUGAAUGAAAAGAAAUUGUCCUUUUUGGGGGACCCAAUAUUUCUGGUACUGUACAAUCCAAAACACUGUACCUAGCUUUUUAAGACGGAAAUCGUCACUACAAAUCCCCAGCUCCAAGUACACCAGGUAGCGUCAGCCUUUUGUGCUCUGCCAGGACUUCACAGCUGAGGGAUCAGAGUUAAGAGGGUCCCUCCUGGACUGUUGGUCUUGUCUUUUGUGCUGUUCCCUCCAAACCAUUUUGAUUUCUGAGGUUUCUAGUUUGGUCCAGGAUGUUAGUUUUUGCUUCCUUUCUUUUCUUUUUCCAUUUCAAAAAUGCCCUCACUCCCAGUUCUCCUCCUAGCCAGUAAGAAUUCGGACUAUGGGCCUCCAGGCAUCUGAAUGUCUUCGCUGAAGCUGAUGGAAGCCACUGCUUCCUUUCCACAAAACUAGUGUUACUAAAAAAAAAAAGAAAAGAAAAGAAAAAAAAAAAGAAAUCAUUUUAUAUGUAAUGUCACGAUUGUUGACGUUCUUCAGUAUAAUCAUAUGUUUGUAAAAUUGUUUGUACCUUGCAAACUUAUGAACCAAACCAUAUUGGGUUUUCAAAGUGCCUUUGUAUCUGAAAAUGUAUUUGCCAGCAUAAAAAUGUACCAUCAAAGGUCAUGCAUAUGUUUUUUAAUGGGUAAUUCUGUAAUCUGUACAAGGUGGAAGACUCUUGUUAGUGAUGUAUACAGAUUGUCUUUUCGUGUCCUUCCAGCAUAGGUUUAAAUAUAUGAAAAGUUUCCUCUUACUGCUUUACCUCAUCAAAAAACAGGUGUUAUUUUGCUUUUUAAAUCAAAUUCAGUUAUCACAUUGCAUUAUUCCAUGGACUGUAUUUUCAAAACUUUGCAAAGCAUUUGUUUUACAGAUGGUUGUUUUGACUAACUUAAAACAUCUGCUAAAUCCCAAAUUUCUCUAAAAGCUACUUGUCUGUGAUAACCUUUGCUAUGUCUCCUCGCUGUUGAUGGAUUUUCUUAAAGAAAGGAAAGGCAAUGUAGAGUGAAGGCAGAAAUAGUUGUGACAAUGUUAUUGUGUUUUUUCAUUCUUCAAAUGCUAAGUCAUACAAUUUUUCUUGUGCAAGCCUUGCACAAAUACAGUUGCUUUCAGAAAUCCCAAAAGCAACAUUUUAUUGAGUUUGAACUAUUGAAGAUACAGAUCAGUUGUGAUAAAACAGGUGUCUUAGAAGUAAUAAAUAAGUUGAUUUCUGGGUUCUGGUGUAUUUGAAAAAUAAAAUCGUGAUUUGAGAUGACAAGUGCUUGAACACUCAAAGAUUCUCUGUGGUUUAUGAAGAAAUGUUGAUCUGGAUAGACAUUUACCCAUUGUUCUUUGUUUUAUCAUAAGGUAUCUUCCCUUUUAACUUUAAAAAACUGAAUUCUUGGGGGAAAAAACCCUGCAGGAUGGAAAUACUUGUUUAGAAUGUCAACCAAUAAUAAGCACUUUUUCACUGAUGGGGCAGAAAUCGCUGUUAUUUUGUCUAAGUUAGAGAGUAUCUUUCUCCCUAUUUCUGAUCUACAGUUUAUGAACUAUAGUAGGAAAACUGGACUACUUUAUGCUUUUCUAAACUGCUGCAGAUUGCUAUGAGUUGUUGACAGUCUCUGUUUUGCAGAUUAAGCAGUAUUUUCAAAGCAUUUCUACUUACUGCCAGGCAGUUCUGAAGCUAAGAAUUCCUGCAACAGAAUAUGUUUGACGAAAACAACUGUUGAGAUGUUUAAGGAGGGAAAGUAUAAAAGGAAACGUCCUGAUAAUGUACUGGUUUUUCAUUAUAAGUCUAAGUAGUCAUUUGGAAGUUUUCAUCCACUACCAAGCCUGAUAGAAGCCUGGGGUGUUCUGUGGGUUUUGGCAUAUUGUGGAAAAUGUGAGUCUAGAUGAAGGCAGGAAUUUUGGUUGUGUGCCUUUAAAAACUAAUAUUAUAUGUAAUUGUACUGAUUGUUCACAUGUGGAGAUAAUAUUUGCACUGGCCUGUAAAACUGACCAGUGCAUUUGCAGAUGCAGUUCUGCCUUUCACCAGGCCCUCCACUCCAAGUGAAGUUUUGCAUCAUUUUAACUAUAUUCUCAAUACACAAGUGCAUGCGUAUGUCUUUUCUUUGAUGAGGCACUGAGCAUACAUAUUAUUAGACUGAUAUGGAACUCUAAUUUUGCACCUGUUACAAGAGGUUGCCAGCUUGUAUGAUUUAGCAGGUUGGCAUUUACAUUUAUGCUUUAAUUAAAUGUCCUUAAACCUGUGUGUGCAGUAAGGACAAAUUAGUGUGAAAAAAAGCAACUUUGUUCUCACAAAUACUGUUAUAACAAAUACUCUGUCUCAUCUGUGUUUUUGGCACAGGUGUACUGCUAAAAUAGAUAAUUCCACUCAGAAACAUUACCUGAUUGUUGUUAAAGAUUUGAGACGUCUUUAUUAUUGAGCUAAGUAAUUCUUGGGGCUCAAGGGAGGGGGAUGAAUCUCUGAGUAGAACUUUGCCAAUUUUUUAAAAACCAAAAUAUUCUCUGGAGAACAAAUUUGUUUUGCUCUGGGGCAGUUUACUUAGCAAGGUAAACUUCCCCAACUGAAAUUACCUAUAUUAGUUUUGCGUUUUGAAAUCUAGAUUAUAUUACUCAAAGGGCUUACUGUGUGUGUUUUAUUUUGCUGACUCCCUGUGCACUUUUGUGAGGGGCAGUGUGUAAUCUGUAGCUCCAUAUUCUUCUCAUUGUCGCCAAGCUGUCUUGUGCAGAGGCAUAAAGAAGUAGUAGGUAGUGGCACUGGUAUCCAGAUGCUUCGGCAUUCUUCAAAGCCUACAUGUAUUCGCCAGGAACCAAAAUACUGUGACUUGUGCACCUUUGUAAAGUAGCCCAGUCAGUGACUCCAAAUGUAGUUGAUGAGAGUUCUAUGAUGUUUUUACCUACUAUGGGAUAAUCAAUUUUGUAUAGAUUAUUAACAUUGUGGCAUGCUCCUACAAUGCUGGGAUUUAAGAACAAAAAGAUUACAUUGCGUAACAGAAUUUUACAUCUAAGGGACUGUCCUUAAAAGCAGUCUCAUUCUACCUCUCAUUUUAGAGAUGAGAAAAUUGAAGCCCAGAAAUGCUGUCAUUUACUCAAGGUCACAGAGAGAAUUAGUGGCAAAGCCAAGACUGGAACCCAGGUCUUCUGACUCCAAGUCAAGUUCUUUCUACUCUGUUGUGCUGCCUCUCCAGUGUAAUAUUUGCCUUUCUGUAAAUGUGAUGAAAAAUCAUUUGUAAAUAAAGGGAAGCUGACCUCCA